AUGACUAUGUUUGAGAAUGUCACCCGAGCCCUGGCUAGGCAGCUGAACCCUCGAGGGGAUCUGACGCCCCUAGACAGCCUCAUCGACUUCAAGCGCUUCCAUCCCUUCUGCCUGGUGCUGAGGAAGAGGAAGAGCACUCUAUUCUGGGGAGCCCGCUAUGUCCGCACCGACUACACACUCCUGGAUGUGCUGGAGCCCGGCAACUCCCCCUCAGAUCCCACAGAUUCUGGGAACUUUAGCUUUAAGAACAUGCUGGAUGCCCGAGUGGAGGGAGAUGUGGACGUGCCAAAGACGGUGAAGGUAAAAGGGACUGCAGGUCUGUCACGGAGCAGCACACUGGAGGUCCAGACCCUCAGCGUGGCUCCCAAGGCUCUGGAGAACUUGCACAAGGAGAGGAAACUGGCAGCGGAUCACCCCUUCCUUAAGGAGAUGCGGGAUCGUGGGGAGAACCUGUACGUGGUGAUGGAGGUGGUGGAGACCGUGCAGGAAGUCACUCUGGAGAGAGCUGGCAAGGCAGAAGGCUGCUUCUCCCUUCCAUUCUUUGCCCCGCUGGGACUGCAGGGAUCCGUGAACCACAAAGAGGCUGUAACCAUCCCCAAGGGCUGUGUCCUGGCCUUUCGAGUGAGGCAGCUGAUGGUCAAUGGCAAAGAUGAGUGGGAUAUUCCACACAUCUGCAAUGACAGCAUGCAGACCUUCCCUCCAGGAGAAAAGCCAGGAGAGGCAAAAUUCUUACUUAUCCAGGCAUCUGAUGUUGGGGAGAUGCAUGAAGACUUCGAGACUUUAAAAGAAGAGGUUCAGAGAGAGACUCAAGAAGUGGAGAAAUUGAGUAAAGUAGGGCAGAGCUCCCUGCUCACCUCCCUCAGCAACCUCCUCGGAAAGAAAAAAGAGCUUCAAGACCUUGAGCAGACGCUCGAAGGAGCUCUAGACAAGGGACACGAAGUGACUCUGGAAGCACUCCCAAAAGACGUCCUGCUGUCAAAGGAUGCCAUGGGCGCCGUCCUCUAUUUCCUUGGGGCUCUAACAGUGCUAAGUGAAGCCCAACAGAAGCUUCUAGUAAAAUCCUUGGAGAAGAAGCUCCUCCCGGUGCAGCUGAAGCUGGUUGAAAGCACCAUGGAGCAGAACUUCCUGCAAGACAAAGAGGGCGUUUUCCCACUGCGGCCUGACCUGCUCUCCUCCCUUGGGGAGGAGGAACUGACCCUCACAGAAGCCCUAGUGGGGCUGAGCGGCCUGGAAGUCCAGAGAUCAGGCCCCCAGUACACAUGGGAUCCGGACACUCUCCCACGCCUCUGCGCCCUCUACGCAGGGCUCUCCUUCCUUCAGCUGCUGAGCAAGGCUUCCUAAGGCACCUUCUCUGCCCGCUUCCCUCACGUCUUCCCGACCUUACUGUGCUCUCUGUAACACUGCAAGUCACUAGAGUCUCCAGGGCAACUGAAAUGCCAUGCUCCUCAUGCACUGUCACCCUAGCAUCUGUCUCCUUCUGUCCUCCAUCUCGGUCACCCACUAAGCCCAUCUCCUGAUGCUUAAAUCGUGAAGAUACAGAAUCAUUCAAAAUCUUUGCAAACUUGAGCCAUUUCAUUAAGAAAAACAAACAAGCAAACAUCAAUUCCCCAGUCAAAUCCUUCCCACUUGUGCCAAAAACAAACAAACAAACAAAAAACCCCUAGCCUUUCUGGAAUGAAUGGAAAACAUUACAUUACGUUGAUCCUAGGACAAGCUGACUUCUGGUUCUUAUGUAAAGGAAAUCAUUCAUUUGUGCCAGGUAAAGAAACCGACGAUAUCCAUAUGUAUGUGAUUCUGCUCACAGUGUCCUCGGGCUGUCUGGAAGAUGCUCCAAGAGCCUAGAGGUUACAGUGCAGACUGUCUGCUCUGCAUGCAGAAGAGCAUCAAAACCGUAUGAGUUCAUCGAGGAGCCCGUGGCCUCUAGUCCUGGUUGAGGGCUUGGGAGAGGGAAAGGUCUAGACGUGUAUGAUACAAGCCCAAAACAAACAAACACAAGUUUUCAAGUUAGUUAAGUAAAAACACCAGGUGAUCAUAGUGAGCCCUUGUUUCAAAAUUUUUUUAGAGGGCUGGAGAAUUGGCUCAGGGGUUAAGAGCCCUUGUUGUUCUUGCAGCAGACCUGAGUUCAAUUCCCAGUACCCACUUGAUGACUAACAGCCAUCUGUAACACCAGUCACAGGGGAUCUAAGGCCUUCUUCUAGACUCCAAGGGUCCUGCAUGUAUGUGGUUCAUAUACAUGCAGGCAAAACAGUCACACAUAUAAAAUAAAAUUUUUUUUAAAAAAAUUAAUUAGAAAAGAGGAAGAGGAGAAGGGGCCCUUUGAGAGUCAAUCAUCCCUUCACAGGGGUCACCAAAAACCAUCAGAAAACACAGAUAUUCACAUUACAAUUCAUAACGGUAGCAAAAUUACAGUUAUGAAGAAGUAACGAAAAUAAUUUUGUGGUUGGGGGUCAUCACAACACGAGGAACGGUAUAGAAGCAUUGAAGCAUGAGGGCGUUGAG